CCCUGUGCCAGAGCGCAAGCGCGGGCUGCGGCGGGUCAAGAUGGCGGCAGCGGCGGCGGCUGCGGCGGCGACUGAGCAGCAAAGUUCCAAUGGGCCAGUGAAGAAAUCCAUGCGGGAGAAGGCUGUGGAGCGAAGAAAUGUCAACAAAGAGCACAACAGCAACUUUAAAGCUGGCUAUAUUCCUAUCGACGAAGAUCGUCUCCAUAAAACAGGGUUGAGAGGAAGAAAGGGCAACUUAGCCAUCUGUGUGAUUAUCCUCCUCUUUAUCCUGGCUGUCAUCAAUCUACUCAUUACCCUUGUCAUCUGGGCUGUGAUUCGCAUCGGGCCAAACGGCUGUGACAGCAUGGAGUUCCAUGAAAGCGGCCUGCUGCGGUUCAAGCAAGUGUCUGACAUGGGUGUCAUCCGCCCGCUUUAUAAGAGCACGGUGGGAGGAAGGAGGAAUGAAAAUCUGGUCAUCACUGGCAACAACCAGCCAAUUGUUUUUCAGCAAGGGACGACCAAACUGAGUGUAGAAAAGAACAGAACGUCUAUCACCAGUGACAUUGGAAUGCAAUUUUUUGACCCAAGGACACAAAAUGUCUUAUUCAGCACGGACUAUGAGAAUCAUGAGUUCCAGCUGCCAAGCGGAGUGAAAAGUCUGAACGUUCAGAAAGCGUCUACCGAAAGGAUUACCAGCAAUGCCACCAGUGAUUUAAAUAUCAAAGUUGACGGGCGUGCAAUUGUGCGUGGCAAUGAAGGCGUGUUCAUCAUGGGCAAAACCAUUGAAUUUCACAUGGGGGGCAAUGUAGAGUUAAAGGCUGAAAACAGCAUCAUCCUCAAUGGAAGCGUGAUGGUCAGCCCAACACGCAUGCCCAGUUCCUCCAGCGGGGACGCGUCGGGGAGCGGCGACUGGGUGCGCUACAAGCUCUGCAUGUGUGCAGACGGCACGCUCUUCAAGGUGCAAGUGACAGGCCACAACAUGGGCUGCCAGGUGGCAGACAACCCUUGUGGGAACACUCAUUAGAAGAUCCACCCCAGGGUCAGUGUGUUCGGAUCUCAACUUGAUCUGUUCUUCGUAAGAAUGCAUGUGAACCAUGUUUGUACAGUUUGCGAUGACCUGUGAUUGAUUGACUGGGGAGCACCCUGUGUGUAUUACGUACUCUCCGUAUUUAAGGGACUUUUGAGUGCCUAAAUUCUAAUACGCUUUAUUAAGUUGCACUGAUACAAAAGUGACAGUUCUCUAAAAUAAUUAUGAGAAAUUAAUAAAAUCAAAAGUAAUCUUGGAAGUAUUUUAACAUCUUUUGACUAAAGGACAAAGGACUGAAGGGAUAAGAUUGUAAGUAAGCCUUUGGUUAUUUUUAUCAGGGGGGAGAGAUGUUUGAAAGGCACAACAUCACUGUCUGUGCUCUGUCUUUUUAGCUUUUAAGGGGGAAGGCACAGGUUUUUGCAUUAACCCAAAGCCACAUUUUCACAAACAAGUCACAGAAGAACCUUCCAUAUAUGAGCUGGUAAGAAACUGUGUUUCCUUAGCUUUGCACUACAGAAAAUACUCUGUGGUGGAAUGCUUACUUGAAAUAAUGAUACGUGUAAGUACCCGCGCUGUGUAAACAUCAGACCCAAUCCCAGUUCUCACUUGUAUGUGGGGACAGUAGCUGUCAUCGCUGGGCCUCUUCUUCCGCAGUACUGCGCUGGGCAUUGUGUGUGUGACCUCCAGGUCUCACUGCGCCUCUCUCAGUAAGUGCUUCAGUUCCAGCUUCACCCGUCAAGAGAGCGAAAGUCAGAGAAGUUGUGGAACCUGCCCCACACCACAUAGGAAAGAAUGGACUCAGGAUUGGAAGUCAAGUACAAUGCUGAACUAGAUGAACUUGAUUCCAAAUGUGUUCCUGCCUUUUAUACUCUACACUGAAUGUUCAAUUAUUUAAAACUCCCAGAAGAUGGGAAAAGCCUAAUUCCUAUUUACCUAAUAGGUAAAAAUCAAAUGUGUGUGCUAUUCUAGUUAAAAUACUAACCUAUUAGCAAAACAUGACCAAUCACUGUCAGAUUUUUAAUUAUCUUGAGCCAAUUCCAAGUUGUGUUUCAAUGGACAGAUCUGCUUGGUCUGCCUGCCAUAUGGGAGCACCUGAAUGAGUUACAGAGAGGUCAGCAUACUUUUCCUUAAGCCCCAGGAGAGCUGAGUGGAAAGCAGGGAGGCUAGGCCUCAACAAGCCCUGCUGCCCCGAUGCAUUUCCUCCGCUGUCCCACACCAGCCUCAUCCUUAGAGACUCGUGUGCAGUAGGACAAGGGUGCUGCAGCGGGAGAUGGUGCGGGUGCUUUAUCUCUGCUCCUCAUCUCCCUGUCUCGUUUUAGCUAUUUACAGCCCUCAAGGCAGUUGGUUCUUAAUGUGGUUUAUACUUGGUCUGAAAGGAAUUUCUGGUAUUACCAAGAUACAUGGAAUGAGGACCCAGAGUACAUAGCUGUAAAGUAGACAGCAGGGAGAGAUGACGGACCUAGCUACACAGGCUGACCCUUGCAUUCUGUCAUGGUCACUUAGAAUAUAAGAAAAUCAAUAUAGAAAACAGUGUGUGUUCAAUAUUGUCACAGUUUUGUCAAGUGGAAAAACUGAAUACCGUAUAGAUUGUGAACUCAGGCUGGGGUAAGAACUGACUUGAGACCUGACACUGAGUGCAGGUUUUAGAUGUAAAGGAAGAGAGUGGUUUAUACCUCUGGAUACAUUCAAGUAUUGUUUAAUAACUAAAAAAUGCUCAGAAAAAUCAUGUUUGGAAUUCUCAUUUUCAUGCUAAGUUGUGCAUUUGUUAUGUAUUCUCUUUGCAUUUGUUUUGAGAAUUUCUUUAAAUAAAUAUUUUUACUAAAACCACAGAACACUAUAUUACUAAGUAUUAUUUACUAAAUACAAUUAAUGAAAAAAAUGUAUUUUUGCAUUUCCUUGAGAAACACUUGUAUUUCGAUACGUCUCCAUUGAGCUCUUUGCUGUGAGAGGGCAUCCUUGUGUUCUGUGGAAUACACUGCAAGUGCACCCACACUCACCUGGAAGCUCUGCGGAGGAGCCAAGCAAGAUCAAGUCCUCUUGGUGCACAGCGAAGCCACGCUGCUCACGCUGGCCGUCAGGCGGCGCUGCCUGCUCAUCUGUUCAUUUCUUCUGUUUGAACUGACUGCAGGGAGAGGACGUGCUGCAGCGGCCUCACGGGAAGCAGAUGCAAGAAGAAAACGGACAAACAUUUAUUUAAGUAAGGACAAUGUUUUAGAGGUGGCUAUCAACGCGAAGAGGCAGAAGAAAUAAACAUAAGGUUCCUUAGAGACUGUCCAGUGAACAGAGAGGAAAAUACACAACCCAAAGCAGGACCUGGCGGCCAUCUUCUGCAAUCCUUUAAAAUAUACUGUAUUGGCAAUCUUUUUGCAUUGUAACAGAAGCAAAAUAAACCUCGUGUGAUCGUUUUAAUGAUGGAA